CGUUCCUGCGCUUCACGUGCUCUUCUCCAGUCAUUCAUAUCCGCCAUCCUUCUCAAUUCUUAUCGAAAUUCGGACAAUGGCGGAAGGCAAGAAGGAUUCUCCGAAGCUGAACCAGCGGAUGGUAUCAUCUCUCUCGAAGCGAACUGCCGCGGCACAUUCUUGGCAUGAUCUGGAGAUAGGACCUGAAGCCCCUCUGAUCUUCAACGCCGUUGUUGAGAUCACAAAGGGGAGCAAAGUCAAGUAUGAACUUGACAAGAAGACUGGGAUGAUAAAGGUUGACAGGAUUCUGUACUCGUCCGUAGUCUACCCACAUAACUACGGUUUCGUACCACGGACGCUGUGUGAAGAUGGAGAUCCAAUUGACGUCUUGGUCCUGAUGCAGGAACCAGUCAUACCUGGUUGCUUUCUUCGAGCUAAGGCUAUUGGGCUGAUGCCCAUGAUUGAUCAGGGUGAGAAAGAUGAUAAGCUCAUUGCUGUUUGCGUUGAUGAUCCCGAGUACCGUCAUCUCAACGACCUUAAGGAGCUCUCUCCCCACCGCCUUGCUGAAAUCCGUCGCUUCUUCGAAGAUUACAAGAAGAAUGAGAACAAGGAGGUUGCUGUCAACGACUUCUUGCCACCGGAGACUGCACAGGCUGCCAUUAAGCACUCGAUGGACCUAUACGCAGAAUAUAUCCUGCAGAGUCUGAGGAACUAAUCAUAGUUGCAAACUCGCAAGGCUGCAGAAACCACCAACAUGGUCUCGUAAAAGGACAAUAAUCGACUGCGUGGAUUUUAUUUAAGGACCCAUUUUUUCUAUAUAUUUAAAUAAUGGGACAAUGCUAUUCCCAUACAUAUUUUUCUGCAGAACAUUGUAAUCAAGGACUAAUGUUAUACUUGUGUAUAGUGUUUCAUAAUAUUUGAAUCAACACUUGGAACAUUUAGUCU